AUGCAUGAAGAAAGCACCAUUCUGGUGUUCCUCCUGCUCAUCUCUCCAGGUGUUUCUGACCCAGAGUGGAAAGUGACCUUAACGCCAAACAAAUGUGCCCCUCUGAAUUCAUUGGUUGAUAUUGGAUGCUCCUACGAAUACCCCAUUGGUUACAGACCUGUGAAAACGUAUUGGAUUGUAAAUGACACUGAGCCAUUGAACUGGAAGGAUUUCAGUAAUGUAAAUACGAUAGAGAGAUUGGGAUAUCUAGGGGACAAAAACAAAAACUGCACUCUGAGGAUUACAGAUGUGAGAAACAGUGAUGCAGGAGCUUAUAGGUUUAGGUUUCAAACAGAUAAAUCAGACGGGAGAUGGGCUAGUAAAUCACCAUUCACACUGUCUGUCACAGCUCUGCAGGUAGUGAUGAGUCCAGCCACAGUAACAGAGGGACAGAGUGUGACUCUGACCUGCGACUCCUCAUGUCCUCCUAAAACAAAUCCCACGUACAUCUGGUGUAAACUGCUGGAGUGUGACCUACACUCUUCAGAGCGCAUGAUUGAUGAGGAGGAUAAUGAUGAUCAGGAUGAUGAAUUUGACGAAGAUGAUGAUGAUGACGAUGAAGAUGAAGAUGAUGAUUCAGCUCUGCAGGUAGUGAUGAGUCCAGCCACAGUAACAGAGGGACAGAGUGUGACUCUGACCUGUAGACCUUCCUGUGACCCUGGUGGCCACUCUACCUUCAUCUGGUAUAGGAACCGCCAGCACAUCGCCAACCAACACAAGACAUUUACCAUCAGUCCAGUGAAGAGCACUGACUCAGGCAGUUAUUCCUGUGCUGUACAGGGACAUGAGCAUUAUCAGUCACCUGCAAAGACCCUGGUUGUCCAGUACCCUCCAAAGAAAACCUCUGUAUCGAUCAGCCCAGCUGGUAAGGUAGUGGAAGGGGAUUCAGUGACUCUGACCUGCAGCAGUGAUGCCAACCCACCGGUACACACUUACACCUGGUACAAGACCACCCAGGGUGUAAAUGCCAUCGGAUCAGGACAGACCUACAACUUCAACAAUAUAAGCUCAGAGCACACUGGACAAUACUACUGUAGAGGGACAAACAGAAUUGGAUACAGUGACUCUCUGCCACUUAAUUUAACUGUUUUCUGUCCAGGCACUUUCCUAAGGCAGCUGGCAUGCCAGCGGGUGCCAUCCUCCAGGAGUUGCAGCAAAGAUGCAUUUGUUGACAUUCAGGUUGAGGUUAUGCUUGGCCAGGGCUUUGAACACGCUAUGGAGGCGACUGUCAUGGAUCUCCGUCGUUGCGCCGUGAACCACCAAGUCAUCCAGUUACUGCAAGACUGUCUUUGCCUCCUCAACCACGCUAAGUGGCUGCUGCUGGGACAAUGGUUCGUGUGCUUGGACCCUCCAAAGAAAACCUCUGCAUCGACCAGCCCUCCUGGUGACAUAUUUGAAGGGGAUUCAGUAACUCUGACCUGCAGCAGUGAUGCCAACCCACCAGUGCACACCUACACCUGGUACAAGAUCAACAGCGGUGAAACUGCCAUCGUAUCAGGUCAAAACUAUGACAUCACCAACAUCACCACAGAGGACACUGGCCAUUACUACUGUAAAGUGGAAAACUCAGUUGGAUUUAAUAAUUCUACAGCGUUGUCCAUUGAUGUUCUCUCAUGUGAUUCCCUGGGUAUGUUACCGACCCCCCCAAAGAACACAUUGCUGAUGAUCAGCCCUCCUAAAUCGUCAGAAGAUUCGGUGACCCUAGCCUGCCACAGUGAUGCCAACCCACCAGUUCACACCUACACCUGGUUCAAGAAGACUGAUAGUGGACCUGCUCUUCCGCAUGCUACACGGAAUAUCAGUCGCUUAGUGUUGCUGUCUGGAGACGAGGGCUUUUACUAUUGUGUAGUACACAAUCAGUAUGGUUCUCAAUACUCUCCUAACGUUGAAGUGACGUUCCAAGUGGUGGUCAGAUGCCACAUGCUCGCCAGUAAGUAG